ACCUAGAUGAGCAUCUGGCAGGUAAUAAGUGUUCAACAAAUACUGUUGAAUGAAUAAACAUUUUUUACUUUAGUUUUUCUUAUCAUAAAGCUAAGAAAAUCACAAAGCACAUGUCAGUGAAUCAGCAAGAUCUAAAUCCAGAUAGUACUACAGAUGUGGGAGAUGUUACAGAUACUGAAGAAGAACUUAUUAAAGAAUGUGAAGAAAUGUGGAAAGAUAUGGAAGAAUGUCAGAAUAAAUUAUCACUUACUGGAACUGAGACACUCACUGAUUCAGAUGUUCAGCUAUCAUUAUUAAUUAUGCAAAUGAAAUGUUUGACUGCUGAACUCAGUCAAUGGCAGAAAGAGACACCUGAAAUAAUUCCCCUGGCUGAAGAUGUUCUGGUAACAUUAGGAACAAAAGAGUUCCAACAAUUGAGACAUGAUCUUGAAAUGAUACUAUCUACUCUUCAGUCAAAGAAUGAAAAGUUAAAGGAAGACUUGGAAAGGGAACAACAGUGGUUAGACGAACAGCGACAGAUAAUGGAAUCUCUUAAUGUACUACACAAUGAAUUGAAAAAUCAGGUCGUGACAUUAUCUGAAUCAAGAAUCUUUAAUGAACUGAAAACUAAAAUGCUUAAUAUAAAAGAAUAUAAGGAGAAACUCUUGAUUACCAUGGGUGAAUUUCUAGAAGACCAUUUUCCUCUGCCUGAUGGAAAUGUUAAAAAGAAGAAGAAAAACAUUCAAGAAUCAACUGCACAGCUGAUAGCACUGCAUGAUAUAUUAGAGAUUCUUAUAAAUAGAUUAUUUGAUGUUCCACAUGACCCGUAUGUUAAAAUUAGUGAUUCCUUUUGGCCACCUUAUAUUGAGCUGCUGCUGCGAAAUGGAAUUGCCUUGAGACAUCCAGAAGAUCCAACUCGAAUAAGAUUAGAAGCCUUCCAUCAGUAAAAGGAUGGUCUCUUUUUCACACAGUAAAGAAUCUUGUCAUUCAAGGAAAAUGGAAACAAAGGACUAUUUGGAUAAAGAACAUUAUUUGCAAAGCAAAACACAUAGUCCGUCUUCCUUUUAUCCUUAAAUGACACAUGCUGCCAUCUAUUACUCAUUUUUAAAUGGUCCUUUCUCAUUCUGUCAGUGCUUUGGUGUUUUAAGUUAUAUGGAUAAGAAUGCAAGUUAAAAAUAUUCUAGACUUAUAAGACAUUAAAUGUACCUUACUUUAUUCAGUAUUGUCUGGAAAAUUCCUUCUUAAUUUAUGAUAUUGCUAUUGCUAAUGUAAUAUUUUUCUUUUUAAAUUUGACAGUAUCUUUUAUGCAUUUUGAGUUCCAUUUAGUGCUUCAUUCCUUUAUAUUUAGGAAUUUUAAUGGAAAGGUCAUUUAAUUUGAAGAUGGUUUUUAAAUUGAAGCAAUGUAGAAGGCAGCAUAAUUUAAAAAUAUUUAGUGAAUUUGUUUCAUGUGUACUGCCUUAUUUCUAGAUUUGUAAAAAAUUGGAAUAUAAAAAGCUAAUGGAUAAAGCUAGCAUGAAAACUAUAUUUUAAUGUGUAUUAUAUACCAAAUGACAUUAUAUAUUAGUCCACUCUUGGUUCUGCUAAUUAUUACUAACAAAAUUGUGUUUAUGACACUUUAUUAAUUCUCUGUGAAUUUUCUGUUAAUAAAAUUCUCUCUAAAAAUCGCUA